AUGGUUGCCGACCCCUUUCAGUGCCCGCCACUGUCACGCUGCGAGCGAGAUCGGCUCAUGGAAAAGGCGCACACUGCGUGCAAGCUCACGGUGCGCAACGCCUGCGCGUUCGCCGCACGCUAUACGCUCGAUAGCGAGCUCCACAACGACCGCACGGGCCGCCACGCCACGAUCCACAAGGGCGUCGACGUCGAUGGCGAUGUGCCCGAGGCCGCAAUGUGUGCCCGUACGCACGUGCGCGCGAGCCUCGAAGAGGUCGCCAACUUUUUCGUGCUCGACACACCCGCCAAGUGCGACGCGUACAGCCGCGUGACGGGCCACCUCGUGCAAGACAAGCAGUCGCUCUAUACUCUCGUGGCCCGCGAAGCCGGUUUGCACUUCAUUGGCGUCAACUGGAUGGUCGCCAAGACGCCGAUCGGGCUCAAAGCACGCGACUUUUGCUACCUCGAGGUCCACGACGAGUUUACCUUUAUCGACCGCGCAACACAGCGCGUCCGGCGCGGCUGGGUCCGCUGCAUGCACUCAAUUCCGCUCCCGUGCUGCCCGUCCUUGGAAAAGUCGCAUGGCUACGUGCGGUCCCAGUUUGUCCGCUCGGGUCAUAUCGUGUUGGAGACGGCCCGCCCCGGGGUGCUUGAGUACUUCAACUUGCUUUGCGGCGUGACGCGGCGACUCGGCUUCACGCCUGUCCUCGCCCAAGACUUUGUCUUGCGGCGCCACGUGAGCCAGAUUCUCAACCUCGAAGAGCAUUUUAUCACGCAGCGGCUCAAAACACUCCUCGAGACACCGACGACGUCCUUCCCCAACAAGGACACGAUCGAGUACUGCAGUGUGUGCUACCACAAGUUUGCGUGGCUCUCGGUCAAGCGGCAGUGCCGGGGAUGCGGUGACGUGCUAUGCACGCGCUGUUGUGCCAAGUGGGACGUCCCGUUGUCCGAGACGGUCAUCUCGAUGAUGGCGUGUCAGCGUUGCACGCGCGAUGGCCACUCCCGGGACUCGUCCCUGCCAGUAUCCCCAGUCCAUAGCCGCUUCCGCCUCGACGCGGAAGACGACGAGGUGGAGCCUCGUGGCCCCAGCGACAGCGACGACGCAUUGAGUCCACUCGGUCUCCAUCACAUGACGUUCAAAGGCGAAGAAGACGACUUGGCGCUCGCCGCCGUGUCUCCGUUCGAGUGGACGUUGCCGUCGCCGCAGCUCCUCCAUCUGUGA